AUGCAUCUCCACUCAUCAUCACUCUUACCAAAUUCCAUUCAAUUUGACACCAUAUCAGAUGGCUAUGACCAAGGUGGUUUUGCUCAAGCAUCCAGCAUACCAACCUAUCUUUCAAGCAUGAAAGCCACAUGCUCCAAGAACUUGAGGGAACUCAUCCAAAAAUACAAAAUUUCUGAUUACCCCAUAGAUUGCUUAGUUUAUGACCCUUUUCUUCCAUGGGUUUUGGAAGUGGCCAAAGAAUUUAGCUUAUUAGGAGCUGCUUUUUUCACUCAAAUGUGUGCUGUUAAUUGUAUUUUUUAUUAUGUCCACCAUGGACUUUUAAAGCUUCCUAUUUCUUCAACACCAAUCUCUAUACCGGGGCUUCCAUUGCUUGAUCUAAAAGACACACCCUCCUUUUUUCAUGACCUUGGUGUCUAUCCAGCUUACAAUGAGUUAGUCAUGAAUCAAUUUUCUAAUCCCCACGAAGCAGAUGUCAUUCUUGUUAAUUCCUUCUACAAGCUAGAGGACCAGGUGGUGGAUGCCAUGUCAAAGCUAUGUCCAUUUGUGACGAUUGGGCCAACAGUUCCAUCCUUUCAUCUGGACGAAGGAGUCCCAAGUGACAAAGCAAAUAAUGUGAAUCUCUUCCAAGUAGACUCAUCAGCCAUCAACUGGCUCAACCCAAAGCCACCAAGGUCAGUCAUUUAUGUAUCAUUUGGCAGCAUGGUCUCCUUUAGCACAGAGCAGAUGAAGGAAAUAGCACUGGGCUUAAUGGGAACUGGCUUCCACUUCUUGUGGGUGAUCCCUGGACUGGGCGAGACCCAGGGGUACCUCGCCCAGGAAGCACUGGCCUAG